AUGGCAACGCCCUCGCUCGGAAGGCGCAGCGAGACGUUCUGGACGCGCGUCUUCCUGUUCGGCGCGUCAUGCGUGGCGGGUCUCAUCAUCGCGCGCCGCCGCAAGCUGCGCCGCUUCCACUUGCACAUUCUGAACGCCAAGUCGGCUGACUGCGGCCGCCUCUUCGGGCUCGACAUCGGCGGCACGCUGGCCAAGAUGGUCUACUUCCAGUCGGCGGACGGCGCGGCCGCGGCACAGCGCCGCCAGAUGGAGCGCCAGCUAAAUAGGUCCGACCCGCUGACGGCCAGCGAGCGGCGGCGCGUGGAGGGCAGCCUGCCGCUCAUCGACGACUUCAUCAUGAGUCUGCACGCUACGGACGAGGCCCAGCGCGAGGAGCGGCUGCAAAUGUUCGUGCCCGAGCUGGGCGGCACCAUCCACUUCAUCAAGUGCGUGAGGGGGGCCACUGGAGGCGUAGAGCUGGUGAAUGUGAGCUGA